AUGGAUGACAACUACUCUCAAGAGUUUAAUGGCAGCAGCGAUAAUUUUGGAGCCGAACGUCUCAAAAAGAGAAAUUUGUCUGGUUCUAGUUCAUCAGAAGAGAUCGGGGAAGCUGCUGAACAGUGUCUGUCGUCAUCUUCAAGUACUCUUGAUGCCAGCAGAAAAAACAUGAAACAUCUUAAUAAAGAAAUAUAUAGACUGCCCAGCAUAAAGUACUUUCAUCGGGAAGGAAAUGUCAUAUCAACAAUUCCUGAGGAUUUAUUUCAAAAACUGCCACAUCUUGUUUGGCUGGAUCUCUGGUAUAACAAGAUUAAAGCUCUUCCCCCUGGAAUCGGUUACCACAGGCAAUUGAAAACACUGCUUUUAGAAAGGGAUCCUAUAAAAGAGCUACCCACAGAGCUUGGAAACUUAACUUCAUUGACAGCCUUGAAUCUGAGACACUGUCCACUUGAAUUUCCACCAAAAGAUGUCAUACAAAAUGGAUUAAAAUCCCUCCUGUGCUUUCUUCGGGACCGUGGGAAUGGAAAACUGCUCUCUGUGGAGCCAGCCACUUCAGAAAUGCCACCUGUUGAAAAGCUAAACGUAAGUGAACUGUUGCAGUCCGGUCUGGAGUUGUCGGAUGAGUGGCCUAACGAAGAGGAAAAGCUGCGAUUUCAGAAGCUGAAAGAAGAAAUUAUAAAAGAUGAAAAAGAAGAGUCUCUUGCUGACGAACAUGUAGGUGCAACCCAUGAACCGCGGGAAGAAAGAAGAGCUCUGCUCGGAGUCAGCAGGUCUUUCCAGGUGACCAAGCUUCACGCCGUGGGGUCUGACCGGGGUCUGAAGUGCUGGGAAACUGUUGCUACUGGAAGAUACAAAAGCAGCUUAAUAUGCAUCAUUAUUGUCAAAUAUGUAUUUGAUGAAUAA